CCUGAAAUUUUGCUUUGCUAGAUGUUGGUUUUGUUUAUACUGGUUUAUACUAUUCGACAUCUACUUUCGAUCGUUUUACUUUUUCCGUUUCUCGCUCUAAAGUGUUUAGAAAAAUUGUACGAUAUCUUCCGUAUCUUAUCGCGCACUGAUAAUACAUAUACAUCCAUGAAAUACUUUUUCCAAAGUUUAAACAGUAGAUUAUCAUACAUCGAAUACUGAUUCGAGAUUUCACGGUUAUGUUCGCUUUUAUUAUUUCAUAUACAGUAUAAUAUAUAUUUGAAAUAUAUUCGUCGAAUAACCAUCAAAAGAUAGAUAAACAUGGUAAUAUUAUUGAGAUAUUAAACGAUUACGAAGUAAUCAUGGAUUUAAUCGUUAUCGUAUUAGUAUAAGUUGACAGAGUCUUUUAAGUUAAGUAUUUACAUGUACAAUUAAUCGUGUACCUAUGAUUGCGUUUCGGCUGAAAGUUUGGUUAAAUUUUCUUGACAUUUUAACAAAAUUUUAUUUUGUUCGUGAAGCUUAAGUUUUUUAAGCUUGUCAUAGAAAUGCGACCUCUAAAUUUAGUUUGCCAUUCUACCUGAAUCAAUUUUACAAAUAAGUAACGUACAAUGAACUUUCUGUCGUUGUAUCAAUGUUCAGAAGAACAUGAAUAAAGAGGGCAUUUAUUCAACUGUACAUAAUUUCUUUGCAAAAAGAUAUGGUAAAGUUAUUUCUUAAAUAGUGUUCGGAUAAUUAGUGUAAAGAUAAAGAUUACAAUGUCGUCCGCCGAGAUCGAUGAUUUAUUGUCCGGUCCAUUGGUGACUUGGUUUGCCAGUUGCCUGGAAGAUUCCAAUUUAUUAACUAGUUACGAUGAUUUGGUGGAUGGUAUAUUGUUACACAAUGUAUUUCUGCAAAUAGAUCCAGAACCGUUGCACAACGAAAUAAUAUCUCCUGAAGGGAGUUCGUUAAUUCGUGCAAAAAAUUUGAAAGUCAUAGUAGAUAAUAUGAAACAGUUGUACGAAGAAGAAUUAGGUCAUUUAGUUUUAAAGUUACCAGAUACAAUGCAUUUAGGCAAAGAACCAGAGCUUUACGUAGCAGAGAUGAAAUUAUUACUGCUUUUGCUUCUUGGCUGUGCAGUGCAGUGUCCUAAUAAAGAAAAAUUCAUUACAAAAAUAAAAACAUUGAAUGUUGACACGCAGCUCGCGAUAGUAGAAUGUAUUAAACAAGUUACAGAUUAUCAGGAUAUAGUUAUUACUCAAGAUGCAAUGGAAAAUGCAAAUAUGGGUAGUUUAUUUAUACAAAUUAAGAAGUUAACUCAAGAAUUAGAUCUGUAUCGUCAGAGAUGGAGAGACACUGCUAUAAACGAAAGCGUCGAGAGGAAUGAUUCAUCCAUCAGUGUAGAAACGGAAGAAAUGAAUAAAGUUCAAUUAUCUAAUCCCAUUAUUAAAUCAGAACGUGAAGAUAAUCAUCAUUAUGCAGUCGAAUUGGCUGAUUGGAAAUCCAAAGUUAGGAAGCAACGUCAAGAAUUGGAGGAAAAGGCUGAAGCAUUGUUAGAAUGUAAAGAAGAACUCGAGUACCAUAAAAUGUUAGUGACUAAACUGAAGCAAGAGAAUCAGGAUUUAAUGCACGAAGCGCGUACAGCAAAAUCUUACAGAGACGAACUAGACGCUGUAAUCGAGAGAGCAGAUCGUGCUGAUCGAUUAGAACUGGAGGUAGUAAGAUACAGAGAGAAACUUACGGAUAUAGAAUUUUACAAGACUCGAAUAGCAGAGCUACGCGAAGAUAACAGAGUCUUAAUGGAGACUAGGGAAAUGCUCGAGGAUCAGUUGAAUUCAUCGCGAAGAAGAGCAGACAAAGUGUUGGAGCUCGAGUCUGAAAUUAUUAAGUAUAAACAGUUAUUAAACGACAUGGCAUUGGAGCGUGCAGCGGACAAAGAAAAAUACCAAGAACUCGUCGAAGAAAAUAUUCAGUUACAUAAAUUAACAAAAGCAACCGCAAACGAGGCUGCGUUAGCAGACUCUGUAAGCGAUACCGACGAACCAGCGCACACCGAUAACAGAUUGUCCGAACAAUUGACGAACAACGCUCAAACGCGAGCACUGAAGCUAGAGUUAGAAAAUCGUCGACUGCUUACUUUGAUAGACUCUUUAAAAGAGAACUCGUUUCACGAGAUCUCGUCACGCGUGUUGGAACUUGACAAAGAGAAAAAGAAACUGUCAUUGAAAAUUGAAUCGUUAAACGACAAUACCGAAAGGCUCACGCAACAAAAUUCAGAUCUAGAAUUGGUAUGGAAGCAGGCGCUCGAGGAGAACAAGAAGCUACAAAACUCGUUGAAAAAUCAAAGAACGUCGUCUGAGAAACAGCAACAAGAAUUUCAAAUUCAGCAUACUAAGAUGAUAGAACUAGAAAAGAGUUACGACACAGCUGUGAAGGAGAAACAACGAGUUCAAUCUUUGUUGGAAAGCGUGCAAAGGCGAGCUGAUGACUUGGAACGUUCUUUGGAACUCGCCAAUCAGAAGGUCGAGGAAUUAAAAAUUGUGGAGAAUAAUAUAAAAGAAGUUAACUCGAAAUGUCUCGAUCUCGAGACGAAACUUAUAACGGCAGAGAAAGAGAAAGAUAUAGCGCAACGCGAUAUUCAUCGAUAUCGCGUGACGAUAGAAGAAAAAGAUGUUGCAUUGGACAAAGCAAUGAACAGCAUCGAAGUUUUAGAGAGGAAAGUAACUCAACUCGAACAAGAACUUCACGAUUCUGUUACACAAAUUUCAAGAUUGCAGGAAAUCGAAAGAUCUAGCAAAGAAUUGGACUCACGGGCGGCUAUCGAUCGAGAAACAUUGGAGAUUUUGCAGAGUAGCUUGGUAGCUGAAAAAUUGAGUACUCAGCAACUAUACACGGUCCUCGAGAAACUUGGACUCGGCGAUAAUACGUUGUUAUCGCUUCCAAUGGAUGAUAUUCUGGAAAAGAUUGCCCAAAUACCAGAAGUUUUGGACUAUGUCAAGAAAAUAAACAACUCGUGCCAUUGCGAAAAAUCGAUAUCUGAAUCUAAAAAUUCUGAAAACAACGAAACUACCAAUAUCCAUAGCACAUUGGAGGCCACGGUAGAAUCACUCAAGAAGGAACAAGAGCACCUGCAAUUAAAAUUAACUGCCACGCAAACCGCGUCGGAGAAUCUCCUAUCAGAAAACGCGAAGCUUCAAGUACAGAUUACAACGUUACAAUCUCAAAAUAAUUCCUUGGCGGCUCAGCACACUGCUCUGCAGCUUGCAAACUCGCAACUUGUCGCUGAGAAAGAAGAACUGUUGAAAGAACGCAGCGCUCAGCAGCAAACGCACACGCAGCUACUUCACGAUCAAGACACUCUGCAGUCGUUGCACGAACAAUUGAAUAACGAGUACGAGAGUUUAUUCCACGAACACGACACUCUCAAAUCGAGUCUAAGAGACGUGAAGAACGAAAUUAGAAUGUUACGUGAAUCUUACGAGGGAUUGAAAGGGAAGAACAAGACGUUGCAAACGGAGAAGGAAUCGUUGGUGAAUAACGCGAAAAGCUUAAAUAAUUUAAGAGGAGAGCAUUCGAAAUUGAAGGACGACUUUCGAAACUUGUACACCGCCACAGAGAAGUUAAAGAUGGAGUACAGAAAUUUGCAAGAAGAUUACAGAAAAAAUAAACUCGAAACGAACCGACUGAGUCUCAAGCUGACGGAAAUGCAAGGUGAACUCAGCAGCAAAGACGAAAGAUCUUCGAACUUGGAACUUCAAAUUAACAAACUGAAUCAACGAUGCGAAAUGUUGCUUCACGUGAAUUCUGGGUUGGACAACGACAGGCAUUCGUUGAUGGAUCACAUUAGUUUAUUGUUCACCCAAUACCACGAACUUUUGACUCGUUCUCUGGAAGACAAGGAACAGUAUCAUAUGGAAGAGAAGAUGUACACGGAUAGGAUGAAUCAUUUGUGUAGACAGAAAGAAAAAUUAGAAGAUAAAAUUAUGGAACAUUACAGGAAACUAGAAAGCUGUACUCCCAAGAAGAAAGGAUUUGGUGCCAAUUUAGUGAGGAGAGUCAGAAAAGCUGGAUCGGAACUUCUGAAUAAGAAUCGACGAUCUUGGGCUGAGGACUCGAAACAUUCCGAAGGAAAGACAUACGAAUCGGAAUCUGGAGGAAACGAUUCGGAUGCUAGUACAGAGGACCGUCUAGCAGGAUCAGCUAGCAGAGACCUCGGAUCCGACGCCUUGUCUCUUGGUCACCCAGGAACUAGAAGGACAGUGUAUUAUACCGAUGAUUCCCCACCACCGCCAGCUACCUUGCCAAAGAGCGAAUCGUUGCAGGAAGAGGGGGACGAUAGACGUUCAGUGUUAAUGGAGCAAACUCCAAGACCAGAAGUACAAGUAGAGCCUCGUCCGGUUCUUAUAUAUAAUAAAGUAUCAGCGGUUAUAAACGAGUCAAAGAAUAUUAGCAAUAGUGGAAUGAAAGACGUAGAACAAGCGGAAACAAUUAUGGAAAAAGAUCCUAUGGAGAAAGAUCCGAAAGCGGGCAGUCCAGUAUGGUAUGAAUAUGGUUGUGUGUAAGAAAUAAUCGAGAAAAUUCUUAUAGGAUGAAGAAUGAAAUGCAGUUCCGCGUGUAGUGUCAAUAUGGUUGUGUAUAAUUCUAGAUUACUUCCGUUUAUUCGCAUGUUUACCACAAAAGUGCUUUCCUUACCGUUAUCGUAAUGUUACAAUAUAAAUCGAUUUUUUGUAUUAUAUAAUAUUUUAUAAAAUGAAAGCAUACAGUACGCGAACGUUUCAAAAAGUUAAACGUUAUAGUAAUUUUAACAGAAUGAUUACGAGUUCCUAGUUUGCCUGAAAUUUGAUAUUUAUUUUAAAUUCAGUAUUUUUAAUCUAGCGUUAUAUUAACUUUUCCGAAAACGAUUUACGUAUGCCCACCGAUAUGUGUUUAUAAAUAGUUUAUGAACGACUAAUAACGAAUUACGUAUAUGUAUAUCGAACUAUAUAUGUAACGACAUAUGAACAUUCUCGUUCGAGAACGAUGUAUUAAUUAAUUAUAGCGUUAAGAACGUGACAUAGGUAUUCCAUAAAUAUUGCCGAUAUUUAAUGCAUUUUUUUUUUAUAAACUUUUCAAACAAUCGUAGAUCUAAUAUUUUGAUUUUACAAAACAAUAAUUAUAUGUAUGUAUAAUUAUUGUACAAGCGAAAAAUUAUACGUAAAAGAAAAAAUUUCUGUAGUUUUUUAAUCUCGUCAACCAAAUCAAAAGAUUAGUGUGUGUAUAAACAAUUUCUUAAAAUAAACAAUGAAUAUACUAUUUGUAUCUUCAACUAAAAAUAUAACCGUUUGGCUCGCAAUUCACGUAGAGAACAUCCGACAUUUAUUGUAUUUUAUAAUAAUUUAAACUUAAGCUUGA